CAGAGCUCUGAGUAUCGGGCUUGCUGUGAUCUGAUUUCUUUUGCAGGCGCAGAGGGGAGAGACAAAGGGAAGCAGAGAAGGAGAAAUCACAGCCUUGUUGGUUGAGACAAGCCUAGAGAGUCAGCUUUCAGAAGUGCCGUGAGGUCCAGGUGUGGCGGGGGCUGGGCUCCGGCGGGCCUCUAGUGGGAACGCCGCUGGCGCAGACGCUUGGCCGGGGGCACCUACGGGGCCGUCUCCACUCGUGCAUUUCCCAGUCCUCAUUAAAGGAAACGCUCCUGAAUCUGGGAUUUUUGCAGGUGAUGUCUGAAGAGCGAAGCCUGUCUACUGGAGUAAUGUGGAGCAGAUCACCCGAGUGGAGCGUUUAGGAUGAGAACACGUGUGCAUGUGCACAUGCGUGUGUCGUGUGCACGUGUCUGAGGGCGGUUGUGUGCAGGGAAGCGCGGGCGCAGCACACCCUUUUGCUCAGCUGCCCACGUCCGUCACAACCGCUCCUGCCGCCGCCCCCAUUCUGUGGAGGUCACGCCCCCGUGCUCCUGCAGGCGGGGUGCCGCAGGGCGUGGUCUGGAGACGGACGUGCCCCACGUCCUCUGCGUGUGGGGAGCAGAGUCAGGGACAGAGGCUCGUGUGUGGGAGCGCGGUGCCGGCCCCGCGGUGGGAGUGCAGCUCUGGGAUUCGGGGCCGGGCAGAGCAUUCCGCUCGGGGCCCACACCCAGCGCCACGCCGUGAAGAUGGCGUGUUCGGAAGGUGCCAGAAGUUCCCGGCAACAGACGUCCACCGCUACGAAUUGUCCCCGGGGGCUCUGCAGCACCUGAGAGGCACCUGGCAGAAGCUCUCGCGCACAGGUUUCACGUGGCAGGACGAGUACGCCCAGCACGUGAUGGCCCAGGAGCUGGCAAACCUGCCCAGAGCCCACGCCCGGCGUCCUGACACAUCCGCCCUGGCCAGGACGUCGGAGCCGAGUGCGGACGCCGAGAGGAGGCCCAGCCUGCAGGACGGCGCCGCCCUGGCCAGGGCCCUCCAGCGCUACCUGCCUUUGCUGGGGGCUCGGUCGCGGGCCUCAGCCUCCAGCGCGCGCCCCAGGACGGAGCUCAGCAGUCCGAGGCCUCGGGCAGCUGCCGCCGACCCCGUCCCCAAGAGCAUCCUGACCUACGCGGCCCGCACCCCGGUGCUGACCUACCCUCUCGGGCCCCGGGCCCAGCUCCCCGAGGGCCCCCCGCUUCGGACCCUCGGCCGGCCCCAGCCUGACCAGCUCAGCCCCCAGGUGGACGGCAGCGUGGAUGGACGUCCCCUGAUGGCGGCCCUCAGUGCCUACGCAGCGCGGAGGCCCCCUGUGUCCCCCGGCGAGGGCGACCUGGGGCCGCAGUACCUUCUGCACGCGCCCCCGAGACUGCCCAGGCCCCUCCUGGCACCGGCCACCCCCCAGAAGUGGCCUUCGCCUCUGGAAGACCCUAAAGUUGCCCCUGGCGCGGAUGAAGGGACCCUGGUGCAGAGCCUCCUGCGGGACCUGCGGAGGCAGCAGGUGGACGCCGCGAGCCGGAGCCCCCUGGAACUGGACGGGCCGGCCGGCCGGACGCCUGGCAUGGGGCAAGGCGUGGGGCCAGCAGGAGGUCGGGACGGCCCCGGAGAGCAGCAGCCGCGCCCAGAGCCCGCCCUCCACGGAGACAGCGCGCAAGGUGGCGCGGCGCAGGACGGCGAUGACGCAGUCUACGCAGAGGUCACGCGUGUGGGCGCCACCCUCGGGGACCUCCCGCAGGACCCCGGGUCUCGGCGGCUGCCCGGAGCCCCCGGCCUCGCCGAGCCCCUCCCGGCGCAGACGAGGACGUCGGCGCGGCCCGCGGCCCCCGCGUCUUCGGAAGAGGAGGACGCGGGCGUGGAGAACGUGCGGAGUCAGACGCACUCCAGGGAGCUGUGGGAGAGGCGGCCCGAUGCGGGGCCCGCAGCCCAGGGGCGCGGGUGGCUCCAGAGCGGGACGCAGGGGGCCCUGCCGGACGACCGCCUUCGCCAGGGAGCGCGGCAGCCCCCCGGCGACGCCCUGCAGCUGCAGGUCAAGGCCUCCACGGAAGAGGAGGAGGAAGAGGAGGAGUACGGCUAUGUCGUGACGGACCGCGACCCCCUGAGCCCGGAGGAGGGGAGGCAGCUGACAGAGGACCUCGCCCGCCUGCUGAGCCUGCCCACCGGCACCUUAACCUACACCGGUGUUCUGGGAGCAGCAGUGACCUUCAGGGUGAGCGAAAACGCCCAGAACGUGACAACCACAGACGCCGCAAAGGCCGCAGCUGACAACAAGGACAAACUGGAGGGAGCCGCCGGCCUGAAGAUUCUUCAGUCCGGAGUCGGGUCGGGGAGCAAGGUCAAGCUUCUGCCUCACCAGGCGGAGCAGGAGGACUCGACCAAGUUCGUGGUGCUCACCUUGGUGUCCGUGGCCUGCAUCGUGGGCGUCCUCCUGGCCUCCAGCCUCACCUACUGCCUGCGACACGCCUCCCACCGGAAGCUGAAGGAGAAGCUGUCGGGACUGGGGGGCCACCCGGGCACAGAUGCCACCGCCGCCUACCAGGAGCUGUGCCGCCAGCGCAUGGCCGCGCGGCCGCCGGACCGCGCCGAGGGCCCGCACGCGUCCCGCAUCAACAGCGUCUCGUCCCAGUUCAGCGACGCGCCCGCGCCCAGCCCCUCCGCGCGGAGCAGCACCUCGUCCUGGUCGGAGGAGCCCGUGCAGCCCAACAUGGACAUCUCCACCGGCCACAUGAUCCUGGCCUACAUGGAGGACCACCUGAAGAACAAGAACCGGCUGGAGAAGGAGUGGGAAGCGCUGUGCGCCUACCAGGCGGAGCCCAGCAGCUCGCUCGUGGCCCAGCGGGAGGAGAACGCGCCCAAGAACCGCUCGCCGGCCGUGCUCACUUACGACCACUCCCGGGUCCUGCUGAAGCCGGAGAGCAGCCUGGGCAGCUCGGACUACAUCAACGCCAGCCCCAUUAUGGACCACGACCCCAGGAACCCCGCCUACAUCGCCACCCAGGGACCGCUGGCUGCCACCGUGGCCGACUUCUGGCAGAUGGUGUGGGAGAGCGGCUGCGCGGUGGUCGCCAUGCUGGCCCCGCUGACGGAGAACGGCGUCAGGCAGUGCCACCGCUACUGGCCGGACGAGGGCACCAGCCUCUACCACGUCUACGAGGUGAAUCUGGUCUCUGAGCACAUCUGGUGCGAGGACUUCCUGGUGAGGAGCUUCUAACCUGAAAGACCUGCAAGCCACGAGACCGACGAGGCUACCCAGAUAUCCACUAAAUCCAUGAGCUGAGUAAAAGACCGGAAGAGAGAAAUCCUUCCUCACGCGAGGUCUGCUGUGGACUUCCGCAGAAAAGUAAACAAGUGCUACAGGGGCCGUUCUUGUCCAAUAAUUGUUCAUUGCAGUGAUGGCGCGGGCCGGAGCGGCACCUACAUCCUGAUCGACAUGGUCCUCAACAAGAUGGCCAAAGGUGCUAAAGAGAUCGACAUCGCCGCCACCCUGGAGCACCUGCGCGACCAGCGGCCCGGCAUGGUCCAGACCAAGGAGCAGUUCGAGUUCGCGCUGACGGCUGUGGCGGAGGAAGUGAACGCCAUCCUCAAGGCCCUGCCCCAGUGAGCGCCCGGCCCGCCUGGACGCCCGGGGCACCGUGCCGCGGCUUUCAUGGAGCGUCCCCUGGCGUGGCCGCGCAGAGACGGGGCCCUCGGAGCUCCCGUAGCCCGUGCACUUUAGCAGUUAAAAAUGUGUAUUUUCGUUCAACCAAAUAACAGUAGAGAUUCUGGGGAACACCCGGUUCUUGGGGGCGGGGAACCCUUCAUCUGUCUUCUUCAAUUUCUUCUGGAAAAUGACUCUUCCUGGACGCGCAUGUCCGAGUUCUGGAUGGCGGAUGCACGAAUGAGGCGGUAACGGGACAUCCCGGGGGGUCUCCAAGAACAGAGUCUGCUCGCUGCGUGUGGCUUCCCGGGGGUGGUGGGGGGACGGGUCGGCUCUGCAGGGAGAGGCACGGGGGGACCCCAGGUGCACAGACCACGUCUGCGUCUGUCGCUGGGAGGAGCCCCGGGGCAGAGCCGUGGGCGCCCGCAGCGUUGGGGCCAGUGAUAACAGAAUCUCGGUGGCAUCUGGGUGCUCUCACCGCCCCCGCCCCCACCCUGCCCCGAGCACCAGCCACACGCGCCACCCCAGGGAAGGAAGGGCCAGGGCCCCCCCGCCCAGGGCAAACGCCGGCUGCUGGGGCCGGGCAACCCCCGUGACCCUCUCGGCAUUCCAGAGAGACAUCGGCGACCCAACCCUGACGGUUUUAACGUCACAAUAUCGAUUUGCCCGUCGCAAACCCAGACGCCCCGGUGAACCCUUCCCCGUGAACGGCCGCGGCCGGGAAGGGCUGGCCUGGCAUCUGGCAGAGCUCGGGCCACCGAGGCCUCCCCGGGAAGGCCGGGCCAGGGCGGGCUGGGGACAGGACCCCCUUCCCCUGGGGCAGGACGCACGGACCGUGAGCUCUGUGCGGGGUGAGGCGUAGGGCAGACACCGCCACACACGCUGCCGUGUCCUGGCCGCGUUCCCGUCUGCGCAGACGCCGCGCCCGGAAGGCAGGACGGCGGGGAAGGGGCCGCGGCGUGGAA